AUGGCCCACCCCUCCGCUGCCGCCGCUGCAAACCCUAGCCCUGGCACCGGCGAGGAAGGAGCCGCCUGCUCUCCGCCGUCGCCGCCUCCGUCUCAAAGGGGGCGGGGCAAGGUGGUUAUCGUCAUGGGCGCCACGGGAGCCGGCAAGUCGCGGCUGGCCAUCGACCUUGCGGCCCACUUCGCCGGCGUCGAGGUGGUCAGCGCCGACUCCAUGCAGCUCUACCGCGGCCUCGACGUCCUCACCAACAAGGUCCCCCUCCACGAGCAGAACGGUGUUCCUCAUCAUCUCCUUAGCGUGAUCGAUCCCUCCGUAGAGUUCACUUGCCGUGAUUUCCGCGACCAUGCCGUUCCGAUUAUACAGGAAAUAUUGGAUCGCGGUGGCCUCCCUGUGAUUGUCGGCGGCACAAACUUCUACAUCCAGACUCUUGUUAGCCCAUUCCUCUUUGAUGAUAUGGCAGAAGAAACGCAGGACUGUACUUUGAGAGAUCACAUAGAUGAUAUAGGCCUUACCAAUGGCGAUGAAGGCAGUGGGUAUGAACGCUUGAAGGAGAUUGAUCCGGUGGCUGCGCAAAGGAUCCAUCCAAACGACCAUAGAAAAAUCAAACGCUACCUUGAGUUGUAUGCAACGACGGGUUUCCUACCCAGUGAUCUUUUCCAAGGAGAGGCUGCUAAGAAAUGGGGUCGGCCUAGUAACUCCAGAUUCGACUGUUGUUUCCUGUGGGUAGAUGCUGAUCUUCAAGCUCUGGACAGUUAUGUCAACAAAAGGGUUGAUUGCAUGAUGGAUGCUGGCCUGCUGGACGAAGUAUGCAACAUAUAUGAUGCAGAUGCUCUCUAUACCCAAGGGCUGCGGCAGGCAAUUGGGGUCCGUGAAUUUGAUGACUUUUUCAGACUAUAUUUACCAAGAAAAGAAUCUGGUGAGGAUUCUUCUGCGAGCUUGUUAGGUAUACAUGACUAUCAGCUUAAGAGCUUGUUGGAUGAAGCUGUUUCCCAGCUGAAGGCAAACACUCGCAGACUAGUUCGACGCCAAAGACGGAGACUGCAUCGACUGAGUAAAGAUUUUGGGUGGAAUUUGCAUUGCGUUGAUGCAACCGAAGCAUUCUGCUGUGCCACUGGCGACUCGUGGCAAAAGAAAGUUGUUGAACCUUGUGUGGAUGUUGUGAAAAGGUUCUUGUCUGACGAUUCAACUCUUUUACCAAGCACAAUCGCCUCAAAUGGUGUGGUUGGAAGUGUAAGGGGCCCGUCAAGAGAGCUGUGGACGCAAUAUGUGUGUGAGGCCUGCGACAACCGGGUGCUGCGAGGGGCGCACGAGUGGGAGCAACACAGGCAAGGGCGAGGCCACCGGAAGCGAGUGCAGCGCCUGAAACAGAAGAGCCUGAGGCCAUGGCCAUCAGUGUCGCAAGACUGCAGCUGA